GUGUGGAAGGGUUCCAGUCGGGUUCUUCCUGCGCACAGCCCCGGGGAGCUCCAUCCAGCCUUCGAUUUCCGUGUCACACCAUCCGCAUUCCUGCGGCGAGCAAGCGGCGCUGCCAGCACCAGCCGCGGGGCCGGGAGGAGGGCGCUGCUCCCGCGGUGCCCUCGGGGACAGGCUGGCACGGGAUCGCUGUCCCGGGACUGCAGCAGCCCCUGGCAUUCCGUGUCCCGAGGCACGGACGGGGAGCGGGUUCCUCCCGGGGCUGCGGGCAGGGGUUAUUUUAGUCGCGAGUGACUCACACUUAUCCCGGUGUGACUCACGGGGAGCUGGGGCUCCUUAGGGGCGCGGCACGGCACGGCACGGCACGGCACACUUGGCACACGCGGUUUUUCUCACGCAGCCCCGCGCAGGGAGCGGCAGCGCGGCCGUGCUCGGGGAAUCGCCUUUCCCGUGCCCUCCGCAGGUGCAGCAUCACGGGGAGCGCUCUGAUACCAAUGUUUUAUUAACAGUUUGAUUAAAUAAAUGAUUCCCGAGUGGCGGGUGUUGAAAGGGAGGCUCAGCUCCAGUUUUGUGACACGUCCGAGCCCCAGCUCCCGGGGCUGCAUCCAUCACGGACAGGAAAAGCCUGUGCGGAUUCUGCUCACGCUUGGCCCAGACCCGGCGCCGGGAAUCAGCUCUUCUAUGGCCCGAGCAGCCUGGAAAACAUUGCUUUUCCAGGGUCGCUUUCCAACAAACAGCGAAUCCUACAGAUUUCUUCUUGGCACCGACCGAAAGCGGUUUUUACAGCGAUUGAUUUUUCUCUGCGAGAUUCAGAGAAAGGCUGAGAGGCUGCUCCCGCUUCCAGGAAUCCCGGCGAGCACAGGUCGUUCCCUCUCGGGACAAUGCGGCGCAGGCACUGCCCGCAUCCCACCCCCUGCCCGCCCCCCACCCGGGCCACCGGGGGAAGCCACGGCUCGGAGGGGACAGGCGGGGACGUCCCGCGUGUGCCAGAGGGUGACGGUGCCUCUCCACGGCCGGUGGGCUGUGCUGAUGGAGGGCACGGAGCUGACCCCGCUGAUCCGGGAUGUGUACGCGGCCGCGGGGCGCGUCCAGCCGGCAGCGGGCGCGGCGCGGAGGGGCAGCGGCUGCCGCGAGCUGAUGGUCAGGCUGACCGAGGGGCAGUACGUGCUGUGCCGCUGGACAGACGGGCUCUACUACCUCGGCAAGAUCAAGAGGGUGAGCGGCUCCAAGCAGAGCUGCCUCGUCACGUUUGAGGAUAACUCCAAGUACUGGGUGCUCUGGAAGGACAUCCAGCAUGCCGGCGUCCCGGGCGAGGAGCCCAAGUGCAGCAUCUGCCUGGGGAAGAAGUCGGGCCCCAGGAACGAGAUCCUCAUCUGCGGGAAGUGCGGGCUGGGGUACCACCAGCAGUGCCACAUCCCGGUGGCGAGCGGCGGCGAGGGCCCGCUGGGGACGCCGUGGUUCUGCCGCCGCUGCAUUUUCGCCCUGGCCGUGCGGAAAGGGGGUGCCCUGAAGAAAGGAGCCAUUGCCAGGACGCUGCAGGCCGUGAAGAUGGUGCUGUCCUACAACCCCGAGCUGCUGGAGUGGGACUCCCCACACCGCACCAACCAGCAGCAGUGCUACUGCUACUGCGGGGGCCCCGGCGAGUGGUACCUGAAGAUGCUGCAGUGCCACGGCUGCCGGCAGUGGUUCCACGAGGCCUGCACCCAGUGCCUCAGCGACCCCAUGAUGUUUGGAGACCGGUUCUAUGUGUUUUUCUGCUCUGUGUGCAACCAGGGACCAGAGUACAUCAAGCGCCUGCCCCUGAGAUGGGUGGACAUCGUCCAUCUCGCCCUCUACAACCUGGGUGUGCAGAGCAAGAAGAAAUACUUUGACUUCGAGGAGAUCUUGGCCUUUGUGAACCACCACUGGGACCCUCUGCAGCUCGGGAAGCUCACGGGCACCCCGAUCUCCGAGCGCGGCCCCCACCUCCUCAACGCCCUCAACAGCUACAAGAGCAGGUUUCUGUGUGGGAAGGAGAUCAAGAAGAAGAAAUGCAUCUUCCGCCUGCGGAUCCGCGUCCCCCCGAACCCCCCCAGCAAGGUGCUGCCGGAGAAAGCCCCCGGCGAGGCCGAGAGCGGCUGCUGCGAGCUGAAGAAGAGGGGGAAAAGCAAAUACGCCCAUAAGGACAGCCUCCUGCCGCGGCAGCUGCAGCAGCAGAAGCGAGCGCGGCGCAAGAGGGCCAAGUUCCUGCUGGAGGAUGCCAUUCCCAGCAGUGACUUCACCUCGGCCUGGAGCACCAACCACCACCUGGCCAGCAUCUUUGACUUCACUCUGGAUGAGAUCCAGAGCCUGAAAAGUGCCAGCUCGGGACAGACUUUCCUGUCGGACGUGGACUCCACAGAUGCCACCAGCACCUCGGGCUCGGCCACCACGAGCCUCUCCUACGAGUCCAGCCGCAGGACCGUGGGCAGCCGCAAGCGCAAGCUGGCAGUGCCAGCCUACGCCUCGGGGGCCAAGAGGAGAGGGGCCGAGCUGGGCGGGCGCCCGGCCGCCGCCACCCCCGAGGGCAGCGAGCCUGCCGCCGGCCCCGAGGACGCCAUCGACAGCCACACCUUCGAGAGCAUCAGCGAGGACGACUCCUCGCUGUCCCACCUCAAGUCCUCCAUCAGCAGCUACUUCGGGGCCGCGGGCCGGCUGGUGUGCGGGGAGAAGUACCAGGUGCUGGCACGGCGGGUGACGCUGGAGGGCAAGGUGCAGUACCUGGUGGAGUGGGAAGGCACCACCCCGUACUGAGCCCCCGCCAGCCCCGAGACCUCUCCCGGAGCCGCAGCGGAGGAGAUCGGGCUGCCGGGGCAGCCCGUGAGGCGCAGGAGAGGUGCUGGUCCCUCCUCCCGGCCGUGGAGGCAGCGCCCAGGCGGGCACGGCUGCCCAGGAAUGAAACCUGAAGCCCUGACACUCUUAUUUUUUUAUGUUAACGAUUUUUAGUUCCUUGGCUGUGUUUAUGCAGAGCGUGGCCCAGCCGUGCCCUCCUGCUCAGAGCAGUGAGGGGGUCUGGCCCUUCCAGAAGGGUCCCCCUGGCACAGCUGGAGCAGAUGUUUGGGGGCACCCCACACCCUGCUCACACAGAGGGACCUCGACCUGUGCCUGGCACAGCCUGGCACAGCCUGACUGAGCAGCCUCGAGGGGCUGCUGCUGCCAAAACACCAACCCCUCCUCACCCCUGGGCUCUCAGAGCUCGUCCCUGUGCCCAUGGGAAAGGGGGACAGCCCUCGGGGUUUUCACCUCAGCCUGAAUCCAUUCAUUAAAGGAAUGUGGUUUGCUUUAUACGAGAGGAAGAUGCCCCAGAACCAGCCCACGUGUGGCUGCUGCAGCCAUGGGGCAGAGGUGCUCUCACCCCACAACCUGGACUGCGUGUGGUGCUGCACCAGCUUCAUUCCCCUCUUCUGACAAUCAUGAUCUUGGAAGAGAUCGUCCAAAAAAAUCCUCCUUUGCCUUAAAACCACCAUGGGCACUGCACAGACUGCAGCCCAAGGCCUUUGUUUCUACAGGAAUCUUCAUCCCAAAUGUGCCAAACCAGCAGACAAACCAAAAAAAAAAGGCUGAGGAGGACAGGGGGGCAGGGGCUGUGCUGGGGUCCCUGUGGCCACCCCUGUGGCCAUCCCUGUGACCUCCUGGCUGUGUCUCUCUCACAGUGCUGAUGUUUGUGAGCACUGGCCUUGAUUUGUCUGCAGCAGGGAAGGAGCAGCCCCUGCUUUAACAAAGCAAUACUGCCAGCUUGGGUGGGAGCAGAGCAGUUGGCUUUUUAAAAAAGAUUCUGGUAUCAGAUAGAUGUGCUGGAUUUUUAUCCUUUAGAGAGACAGAGAGAUAUUUUUAAUGCCCUCCUCGCCUCUCCCCCAUGCCACCGUGGCUGUCUCUGGGAUGGAGGGAGGGCUGUUGGGGUCCAGUCCAUCAGCAGAGCCUGUCCUGCCCUACCUGUGCUCAUGGGACCUCAGCUCAUCCAGAGCAGUGUCCCUGUCCUUUUGGGAGAGGGGCUGCCAGGUGCCCCCACCCCUGGCAGCUGUUCUCCAGCAGCUGGAGAACCUCCUGUCCUGCCUUAGCUUUGUCCUUGAAGGAUCCCUUCAAAUAUUUCCCUUUCUUAGUGCCUAUGGAGCCCUCCAAGGGGCUGCCAAGAGCUGUGCCAGGGCUGAGGAGGGUUAUGCCUGUGGGAGCACCCACGGGAUCUGGCCCUGGCUCCUCUCUGCCCCCUCUCUGUCCCCUCUCCUCCUCUCCUGGCUUCUUGCAGAGAAUUGAAUGUGGAGCCUUUAAAAGUAUUUUUGUUGCAGAGUAUAUUUUGCAUUCGCUGUAAUAGAGGUUAUAACAACUCUGUGCACCUUCUGAUUUCUGAGUUCAGGUUGCUGCUUGUAAGCACCUCUCGUUAUACCCAAGUUGUAAUUAAUAUGUCUGAUGGACAAUUAAAAAGUGGGGUUUUUUUCAA